AUGUCUGACAACAAAUGGGGAAUAGUUAAGCACGGUCGCUGGAGUCCCGAUGAAGAUGAAGCUUUAAAAUCUGCCAUCAAUCACUAUGGUGAAAAACAAUGACGUCAGAUUGCUGAUCACGUUUCUGGUCGUACUCCAAUCCAAUGUCUGCACAGAUGAUCUAAAAUUUUGAAACCAGGACUUGUUAAAGGUCCAUGGUCAGCACAAGAAGACAAAUGUUUAAAGGAAUGGGUUGAGCACGAAGGGCCUUGUAGAUGGUCACAUUGUUCAAAAUUCAUAAAAGGCCGUAGUGGAAAACAGUGCAGAGAAAGAUGAUUUAAUAUUUUAAAUCCGGAUGUUAAAAAGGGGGAAUGGAAGCCUGAGGAGGAUUCUCUAAUUUUCCAAAUGUAUCAAACAUAUGGCCCAAAAUGAACAAUGAUUGCUAAGUCACUCCCUGGCAGAACAGAAAAUUCUAUAAAAAAUCGGUUCUAUUCUGCUAUCAGAAAAAUAAAAUCCCAUAGCAUGAUGAAAUGUGAAGAAAAAAUGGAAAAAGCCGAUCCUGGAAACUCAGAAAAUAAUGGAAAAGUGCUUACUCCCCCCCCCCCCUCCGUGAGCGAAACAAAACCAUUAGAAAAAUCGCCAUUUUUUGACCAAAAACCCACCCUCCGUGAGUGAACAAAAAUUUUUUUAAUAGAAAAAAAUUUUAAUGGAAAAAAAUUUUGAUAUAUAAGUGAUAAUUAGUAUAAUGAAAUCUAGAGCUAAUUCUGUUUAAUUUUAAACAAAUUGCGUUUUAAAACAUAAAUUUUGCAAAUUAAAUUAAUAUUUGCUUCCCAAUUUUUGCAAAUUAGGAUUUUUUUAAAUUUCGAAAAAAAUAUAUUUUUUAUAAAAUUUAUAUAUAUAAAUUUUUUUUAAAAAAAAAAAUUAACCCCCCUCCGUGAGCGAACAAAAUUUUUUUGUUCGCUCACGGAGGGGGGGGGGGGAGUUACAAUAAUUUCACAGAUGCAACAACUGGAGAAUUUAUUAACAAACACUAAAAAAGAAAUUUCGAAUUUGGAGAGUUCUGGAGAUAAAGAAGAGUUUUAUGGAUUCGAAGGGGCGGAGAUAGAGUUUUUUUCUCAAGGAUUGCCACCUAUAUACGAUUUUGAUAUGAACACAUAUUAG